AUGUACCCCAUUCUUUGCAACAGGAUUGAUGCCCUCCAAAUUCCACAUGAAUAUUACCAGCCAGCUCUUAAAGGAUAUUACAAAGCUGUGCAAGUCAGCAGAGCGGAUACUCUAAGUGUCAGUGUAGUGAUAAAGAACUAUCAGCAGGUCUUGGCCUUCUUGUAUGCUAUGAAGGAAGUCAAUGAGAAUCCAAGGCUCUUGGCUAAUGUAACAAUGGGAUUCCACAUUUAUGACAGCUACUUCAAUGACAGGUUAACCUUUCAGACAACCAUGAAUCUCCUUUAUAGCCCGAAAAAAACAGUUCCAAAUUACAAAUGUAAUUCAGGGAAGAAUUUGAUAGCUAUCACUGGGGCACUUCAUUCAGAAACUUCCCUUCAUAUGGCCACGAUCUCAAGUAUUUAUAAAAUUCCACAGGUCUCUUAUUACUUGUUUGAUCCUUUAUUUUCUACUAAAACACAAUUCCCUUUCAUUUACCGGGUUGUUCCCAAUGAAAAGCAUCAGUAUAUGGGUAUUGUCAAACUACUUAAACAUUUCCAAUGGAUAUGGGUUGGGAUCAUCACACUGGAUGAUGAUAAAGGAGAAAGUUUUGUUCGGACCUUGGUGCCAAUGCUUUCCCAAAAUGGUAUUUGUUCUGCUUUCACUGACAGAAUGCCCUCCAUAACAAACUUUUUGGAAAUCCAUGACUCAUAUAUGGAGACUGAAAAAACACUCAAUUUUUUUAGGAUCAAUGAAGUCAAAGCACUUCUGGUAUAUGCAGAAACUCAUUCUGUACUGAGUUUGAAAUUCUUGCUCACUCAAAAUAAUGACAUAGCAGACACUCUAGACAGAGUAUGGAUUAUGACCGCCCAAUGGGACUUCCCAGCUUUACAGUUUCAUAAGGAUUGGGAUACAAUGGUGUUCCAAGGGACUUUGUCUUUUGCAGCUCAUUCCAGGGAAGUAUUGGGAUUCCAACAUUUCCUUACAACCAUAAAGCCUAAUUUACUAAAGAAAGACAAUUUCAUUAAUGAUUUUUGGGAACAGGCUUUCAACUGUUUAUUUUCAAAUUACUACACUGGUGAAGAGCAUACAGAAAUUUGCACUGGGAGAGAAAAAUUGCAGAACCUUCCUGGACCCUUUUUUGAAAUGAAGAUGACUGCCCAAAGCUACAGUGUAUACAAUGCUGUCUGUGUUGUGGCACAUGCUUUAAAUGCCAUGCGGUCACUGGAUUCCCAGCAAAGAAUGAUGAGAACACUUGGGAGCCCACAACCUUGGCAGCUUCACUCUUUCUUGAGGAGAAUUUCAUUUAACAACAGUGCUGGAGACCUAGUAUCUUUUGAUGAGCAAUGUGAAUUGGAAGGCGGAUUUGAUAUUAUUAACUGGAUUACUUUUUCAAACAAAUCGUUCUCCAGAGUAAAAGUAGGAAAGUUGAACCCACAUGUCUUGUCUACUAAACAAUUAUAUAUCAAUGAUGGGAAGAUCCUCUGGCAUAGCAACUUCAAUAAGACACCACCAUUUUCAAUAUGUAAUGACCACUGCCAUCCAGGUUCUGUUAGAAAAAAGAAAGACGGGAAACCAUUCUGUUGCUAUGACUGUGUUUCAUGUCCCAAAGGGAAGAUUUCUAACCAGAAUGACAUGGAUAACUGUAUUCAGUGUCCAGAUGAUCAGUAUGCAAACAUUAACCAAGAUGGAUGUCUUCCCAAGAGUUUAAAUUUUCUCUUUUAUGAUGAACCACUGAGCAUUGGUUUAGCUUUUAUGGCUGCUUUACUUUCUGCAAUCACAGUUUUGGUACUGGGGAUUUUUGUUAAAUACCAACAUACUCCAAUUGUCAAAGCCAAUAACCGAUACCUCACUUACACUCUCCUCAUAUCCCUCCUGCUCUGCUUCCUCUGUUCCUUCCUAUUCAUUGGCAAACCUCACACUAUAAUCUGUAUCUUCCGGCAAACCACAUUUGGUAUUAUCUUCUCAGUAGCUAUUUCUUCUGUGCUGGCAAAAACCAUCACUGUGGUUCUAGCAUUCGUGGCUACAAAGCCAGGAUCCAGAAUAAGGAGUUGGGUGGGGAAAAGAUUGGCUACUUUUAUGAUCCUAUUCUGCUCUGUUUUUCAAUUACUCCUUUGUAUUAUAUGGUUGUGUACUGCUCCUCCCUUCUUAGACCUUGACAUGCAUUCUUUAACUAAAGAAAUUGUGGUAGAAUGUAAUGAAGGGUCAGACUUUAUGUUUUACUGUGUUCUGGGAUGUCUAGGAAUUUUGGCUCUAAUCAGUUUCAUUGUAGCUUUCUUUGCCAGAACCUUGCCAGAUACUUUUAAUGAAACCAAGUUCAUAACAUUCAGCAUGUUAGUCUUUUGCAGUGUAUGGAUCACCUUUGUCCCAACUUACCUAAGCACCAAGGGAAAAUACAUGGUGGUUGUGGAGAUCUUCUCCAUCUUGACCUCCAGUGCUGGUUUGCUGGGUUGUAUCUUUUUCCCCAAGUGUUAUAUAAUUGCUCUAAAGCCUGAGCUAAAUAGUAAAGAGCUAAUAAUAAGGAGAACAUAA